CGUACAUUUUGCAGAAUCACCACCAUGGCGUUGAAAGAAGCUGCGGGACAAUAUGAGACCCUCAAAGCCGAGUGGAACAAAAACAAACCGAACCUGGACAAAUGCGGAGAACUCCUGAGCAAACUUAAGGUUUCAUUACUGGAGCUGAAUUUCUUACCUACUAUCGGAUCUGGAAUGACCAAACAGCAGCUCAUUUUAGCUCGUGAUGUCCUUGAGAUUGGAGCUCUGUGGAGCAUCCAAAAGAAAGACAUCCCAUCUUUUGAAAGAUACAUGGCCCAACUAAAAUGUUACUACUUUGAUUACAUAAAUGAGCUGCCUGAAGCUGCCUACAUGCACCAGUUGCUUGGACUGAACCUGCUCUUCCUGCUCUCACAGAAUCGAGUGUCUGAAUUUCACACAGAACUCGAGAGGCUGAGCGCGCGAGAUAUUCAGACUAACGUGUACAUCAAACAUCCGGUUUCCUUAGAACAGUACUUGAUGGAGGGCAGCUACAACAAGGUAUUUCUCGCAAAAGGCAACAUCCCUGCUGCGAGUUACACCUUCUUUAUAGACAUUCUGCUCGACACCAUUCGGGAUGAGAUUGCAGGUUGCAUAGAGAAAGCGUACGAGCAGAUCCAGUUCAGUGAAGCAACCCGGGUGCUUUUCUUCAACACCCCCAAAAAGAUGACAGAGUAUGCCAAGAAGCGUGGCUGGACUCAGAACCCUGACGGCUGUUACACUUUCACCAGUCAGCACCAGAGGACAGAGGAAGUGACCAUUCCCUCCACGGAGCUGGCGCAGCAGGUUAUCGAAUACGCACGACAGCUGGAAAUGAUCGUGUAAUCUGCCACCAGGAACACUCAGCCGUGUACAGACGCACUCGGAUAAACACACCGCCGGUCCAGGAACCAUCCAGUCCAACACGCGUGACUCCGUUUGUUACAGGAGUUAUUUUCCAAACAUGUUUUCCUCAGUUCAUCCUCUGCUGGUCCUCCUGUCUAGCAUCGUUUUUGAUUUUCAAAACACAGAACCGAACUGAAAGUGAAGAUGAUUUACAGUCGCCGCCGGUCUCUGAAAAUAUUUAAGGAUUUCAGCGGUAGUUAUUUUGUUUAGGAUGCCUUACACCAAAACUUUGAGACAUCUGACCUUUUGUCUUAUUUACAUUCGGAUCAAUCGCUAAUCUGUUUUCAACACAACGUCACAAAUUUUAUUUUUAUUUUUUAAAUGGCAUUUAGAUUUUUGUACACAAGGUUUUAUCCUUGGUACAGAAAUAUUUGUCCAUUGAAGUUUGUUUUCGACGUAGUAACACAACUUCCUCCUUGAAUGGUUUGUAUUCCACUUCCUUUCUGCAAUAAAUAAUCCAGAAAAUAAA